ACCCUUCCGAAUACAUUGGUGAGUGGUGACGUCACAUGUCAACAAAACCACCACCACCACCACCAUCGCCACACCUCGGCUUCACCACCGGUACUUCGUAGCAGACAAGCUUGUAGCAAAGCAAUGUCUGCCGUCAGGAGAGUCCAGCAAUGGGCAACAUUUGGACGUAUGUGGUACUUGUAUGACUGCAAGUGGCAAAAUCCUCUUGACUCAGCUGACAAAAUUGUUCCCUACCUUGAUGGCUCACACAAACCUAUCUUCCAUCCCUUGAAUGACUCCGGAGAUCACGUGGUGGUGAUCAACUCUCGGGACAUUGCCUUUCCUGGUGACGAGUGGGAGAAACGUGUGUACUUCCACCACACAGGCUAUGCUGGAGGAGCCACCUGGACCCUGGCGUGGCAGCUUCAUGAAGCUGACCCCACCAUGAUAAUAAGGAAAACUAUAUACAACAAACUAAGUAAAAACCUAUUAAGGCGAGGAAGAAUGGCUCGGCUCCACAUAUUCCCUGAUGACAAGAUACCUGACAGCAUCCUGAAGAAUGUUUCAGGCCAGAUGCGCCAGCUCCGCCCAGUGCCCAGACGCCUUGACCAUUACCCACAAGAACAAGUAGAAAACUUUCCCAAGAUAUUUGACUGGCCAAAGGAUCAUGUCAUCAAUUAGUUUUGUAAAACAAUACAUAAGGCAUAUUACAUGUAACAAAUUCAAUGCAAGGUAACAUGAUAUUGAAUGGGAGAAAUUAGUUUAUCAUGAUAAUAUUGAAUGGGAAGAUUUAAAUGUUUAUUACUGCAGUAAUAUUCAGGGUAGUGUAAAGAGAUAAGAAUAUCUCUUAUAAUUAAAUAAGUAGCUGAAGGAUUACAUUUUCUGGUAUGUUACAUAAUUACUGAUUCGCUGUCGAGAUUCUCUAUCUCCCUAUCCUCCAUUCAUUAGAACCAUGUGUGUGUGUGUGUGUGUAUUUAGAAUUUUUAUAUCUGGCAUGUUCUUGUAAAUAAAACUGCCACAAUGAAAUCCACUUGUGAUCAGUACCUCAUAGGCAAUCAGUGAGGAACUCAGUGGGUGUAUUUCCAAGUAAAUUUGAUCUUGUAAAUAAAAAGAGUAAUUAUUA